UCCUGUCCAGCCAUGGCUCGUCUGAAAUGUUAAUAAAGAUGCAUGUCCUGACAAUUGUCUGACCUCCGUCCAUUCCUCAGUCAAUCACAGAAUUUUAAACUCACUGCGAACGGGCAGUUAUCGCUCAGACUACUAUAAAUCAAAGAUGAUGUUGUCCACCCUCUGGCCCCACACCGAAUAUGCCGAAGAUCAGCCAUUCCCCAAAUUGAUCCUCACCUCCCACGUCCUCGACCGCAGCUUUCAGGCCGGUGCCUUUCUGGGGGCCUCUGCCGGCCUCACUCGGAUGGCUCUACUCGCCUACCGACCCACCGCCAAUAAUAAACUCUACACAAGAUGGAUUGUUCCUCCCGGAUCUACUCCAGCCACUCUACUCCUACGCUCGACAGGCGUGGGUGCUGCCAUCGGUCUCGGGGCCAUGACCGCUAUGCUGCCCUACUACCUGGUCAAAUGGGAACCAAUCGAAUGGCAGGAUCGCAGUUGGCGGUUAUUGGAAAAUGAAGGCCAGCUGGAGGUUGACACGUGGGGAUUCGUGGGCGCGGUGCUGGGAUUGACCGGAAUGGUGGUCAUGGCGAGACGGAAUGCUGGAAUGUUUCAGUUAACGGGUCAUCAGGACGUCUCGCCGUUAGUUUUGCUUCAGAUGUUGGGGUGGAAGAAUGGUUUUGCAAGUGCUGGGAUGGGGAGUUUGACGGGAGUUUUGGGCUAUAUGGGGUGGAGAUAUGGAAUUAUGAAGGGGGAGCGAUGAUUAAUUUUCUGUGCCUUGAUGCUCUCAACCUUCCUUUAUCCUCUACGUAUUUAUUAGUAUUCCCCACUUUUGUAAUGGUCGACUGUAUUCUCUUUCAUUAAUGCUUCCGCUGUCAUAUCAGGGAGAUAUAUAUAUAUAGGGUGCUGCUGCCACAGUUUCGACCUGGACAGCCAUUCCCAUGGGAUUAUGGAAUGGCUGACACCAUUUUCCAGGCUAUACGACGAAUAUAAAGGUAUCGGGGAGUCAAUUAGCUCUUCUCAAGUCUUGUAGUAUCUCGACGAGUCCCAACUGCCUGAGGCUGUGAAUUGACAGUGACGUCAUGAGUUGUUCCAAAAAAGAAAACGCGCUAACCAAAUUCAGAUACAGACAGCCAGCCAAUGAGAGUCCUGGACUGUCUUUCUGGAGCAUCGCAUCUUC